UUUUUUGCAAAGGGAUGUGAUUACAGAGGUGCAUAAUCUCAGUUUAACCGAGCAGAGAGGCGAAUAAUCCCAGUUUCAGGAUCAGAUCUGCACACUGACACGGUUUGCAGCCAUGUGGGCUUCAGGUCUGUUGCUCUCCCUGCUCUCACUCUGGCCCCCGUCCCGCGCCCAGAGCCCUGCGCCCCUGUUUCAGGUUGUGACACAGACCAUGCUUCCCCCUGACCCCGUGCACAAUCCCACACAGCUCAACUACGGGAUGGCGGUGACAGAUGUGGAUGGAGACGGGGACCUGGAUGUGGUGGUGGCAGGGUACAACGGACCGAACCUGGUGCUGAAGUACGACCGCGCUCAAGGCCGGCUGGUGAACAUUGCUGUCGCUGACUCCGACUCUCCUUACUAUGCACUGAGGGACGUAGCAGGAAACGCCAUCGGGGUCACUGCCUGCGAUGUGGAUGGAGACGGCCGAGAGGAGAUCUACUUCCUCAAUACAAACAACGCCUACUCCGGAACUGCAACGUAUUCAGACAAGCUGUUCAAGUGGCGUAACGGCCGCUUUGAGGACCUGCUGAGUGACAAGCUAAAUGUGGAUCGUGGUGUAGCAAAUCAAAUGGCGGGACGUUCGGUCGCAUGUGUCGACAGAAAGGGAACGGGCCGCUACUCGAUCUAUGUGGCCAACUACGCCAGAGGAAAUGUCGGCCCCCACGCCCUCCUGGAAAUGGACGAGGCUGCCAGCAACCUGGCCGAGGGCGUCGUCGCGCUGUCCAACGUUGCCGCGGAAGCCGGGGUCAACAGAUUAACGGGCGGCCGCGGUGUGGUGGUCGGACCCAUCCUGAGCGAGUCCAGGUCCGACGUGUUCUGCGACAACGAGCACGGCCCCAACUUCCUGUUCAAGAACAGCGGCAACGGAGACGGGACGUUUGUCGACGUGGCCAGACAGGCAGGCGUGGGGGACUCGUACCAGCACGGCAGAGGAGUGGCGCUUGCUGACUUUAAUGGCGAUGGGAAGACGGACAUUGUGUACGGGAACUGGAACGGCCCGCACAGGCUUUACCUGCAGACCGGUGACUCUAAAUUCAGGAAUAUUGCAACAGGAGGAUUUGCGGCGCCGUCGCCGAUCCGGACCGUCAUCGCCGCUGACUUUGACAACGACAAGGAGCUGGAGGUGUUCUUCAACAACAUCGCCUACAGAGAACAGGCGCCCAACAGGGUGUUCAGGGUGUCCAGGAGAGUCGGUGCGGAUCCUCUGAUCCAGGAGCUCAACGUGGGAGAUGCUAAAGAGCCACAAGGCCGGGGAACAGGCGGCACAGUCACAGACCUGGACGGAGACGGACGGCUGGAGCUGCUGCUGGCGCACGGGGAGAGCCUCCGGCAGCCCAUCUCAGUCUUCAAGGUCACACAGGGCUCCUCCAAUAACUUCCUGCGAGUGAUUCCUCGCACCCAGUUCGGCUCCUUCGCCCGCGGUGCGAAGGUCACAGCCUUCACCGGUCAGAGCGGGGCGCUCACGCGCAUCAUCGACGGAGGGUCCGGGUACCUGUGUGAGAUGGAGCCUGUCGCACACUUUGGUUUAGGAAGCGACGAGGUGAAGGUGCUGCAGGUGUCCUGGCCGGACGGCUCCACCUCCACCCGGCCGCUGCGGCCGGAGGAGAUGAACUCGGUGGUGGAGGUGCCGUACCCCGCCGAGGGAGAGGUGUCUGUGCUUUCCAAUGACACGCAGUGUGGAACUGGCUUUACUGUGAGGGACGGCCGCUGUGCAGGUCUUUGAGGAUAAUCGCAUGACAUGCAGUACAGAGUCAGCUGUUACAGAGAACAUGUCUUUACAUUUCAUUUGGUCUGUGCUUGAAGAAAGGGGCCUUGUUUUUUCUUUACUCCAUGAGUAGGUUUAUCUAUUUGUUACUUUUCACAAACUUUUUUCCUUUUUCCCGCUUUGAAUAAACUUCUUGUCAUCAGUCUGCUGAUGGAGUGGAAUUAUGAUUCGUUUAAGGCUUACAUCAAUGCACUGGUCUCCAGGAGGAGAAACUGUUUUUCCUGCUUCCGAAACACCAAGUAUUCACACACAACCUGUGUGUCUUCGGUUUGCUCUGAAAUUUGUUGACACAACAGCACAAAUAAGAAUAAAACAAACUCUGCGCGAAAUGAGUGAAGCAAGCAGCAGGUUGUGUGGGUGAGGAUGAAACGUGGAAAGUUGUGUGUGACUGGACAUUUCGGGAAUAAUCGAACUAUAUGUAAGAACUUGUCUGAUCUCUUCUGCUUGUUCUUACCUAAAACAAAAAAAAAAUGAUGACCAGUAUGUUCUCAGAUCAAAUGUGAUGGAAUAAGAAUCGGGUUCAUGUUUGUGGAAUGUAUUAGAAAUACUCCCAGUACUCCACUUUAAUAUUUUGAUUACUUUCCAGUUGCAAUGCGGUUUACACCAUGUAAUACUUUUUAAAUCAUGAAUUGAAUUUUGAUUAAUACUAGAAUCUUUAUACCUGCAUUUUUUUGGGGCAUGCAAGUUUAUUAUUUAACUGAAUUUUUAAACAUUUUACAAAUUUGUUUGUGCUGAAUUCCAUUGUUUAUUAUGGUAAACUGAGUCAAAAGUGAACAAUGUAGCAACUAAUGCUAGUUUUUCAUGAAGUUGUUCAUAAUGACAGCACUUUUUAUUUAGUAUAAGUUAGAAAACGGAACAACACUUGUUCUACCAUACUGUCACCCUUUUAAUAAAAAUAAAUGACCACUACGGUUUUGAGGAAGAUACUGUGCU